CCGCAUCAACACAGCCUCUGGGCCAGUGGAUUUAUUCAUUGAGAUCUGGACAGAUACGUUUUUUUUUUGUUUUUUUUAGAAUUAGAUUGUACAACGAUCUAGACAGACAGCCCUCUCGUUAUUAGUGUUGGGGGUGUUAGAAGAAGGGGUGGGGGGAGGUAUAUUGGGGAAAGGACACUUCGUUUGGAAAAAAAAACAAAAUGAUGCAAAGUACAGCCAUGACCACAGAGAGUCCCGGAAAAGGAGUUCGGGAGCUGCUAGGAGUCACGGUACAACAGAUCCCACUCUGCGGGGGCUGUAACCAACACAUCCUGGACAAGUUCAUCCUGAAAGUGCUAGACCGCUCUUGGCACAGCAAAUGCUUGAAGUGCGCUGACUGUCAGCUACAGCUCAACGACAAGUGCUUCUCCAGAGCCGGCAACGUUUACUGCAAGGAAGACUUUUUCAAACGUUUUGGGACAAAAUGUGCAGCCUGCCAACAGGGUAUCCCCCCAACCCAGGUGGUGAGGAAAGCUCAAGACUUUGUCUAUCACCUUCAGUGCUUUUCCUGCAUCAUGUGUAACCGGCAAUUGGCGACAGGUGAUGAAUUCUAUCUGAUGGAGGACAGCCGGUUAGUCUGUAAGGAGGACUAUGAGACGGCCAAACAAAAUGAUGCCGAUGCAGAGACUGGAGCCAAGAGACCUCGUACGACCAUUACAGCUAAGCAAUUGGAAACACUAAAGAAUGCAUAUAAAACGUCUCCAAAACCAGCUCGCCAUGUGAGAGAACAGCUUUCCUCAGAGACAGGGCUUGAUAUGAGAGUUGUACAGGUCUGGUUCCAGAACAGAAGAGCUAAGGAGAAACGCUUAAAGAAGGAUGCAGGCAGACACAGAUGGGGGCAGUAUUAUAAGAAUGUGAAGAGAAGCCGUGGAGGGGCAAAGAAUGGGAAAGAGAGCUCAGUGGAGGAUGGGGGCCUCAGCGACAGUGAAUUGAGUUUCAGAGAUGAUCAAAUCCUCUCUGAACUUGGCCACGCCAAUGGAAUUUACAGUGGUGUGAGUGAUAUGACUGGCAGACAGUUGCUGAAUGGAGGCUUCACUGUUGAUGCCAUAGGGCAGCAAUACCAUGACCUGAGAGCCAGCAGCCCCUAUGGAAUCCCUCAGUCCCCAUCGUCUAUAGCCUCAGCCCCUGCACACACACCCUUAAUGAACAGCCUUGGCUAUGUUGACAGUAAUUUGGGGAUUAUAGCACAAGGUGGACAGGGAAUGAGCCAGGCCCUGAGAAUGAUGACAGGUGGCCCUACUUCUGAUAUCUCCACAGGUAGCAGUGCCGGUUACCCAGACUUUCCAACAAGCCCUGCCUCAUGGCUAGAUGACAUGGACCAUCCUCAAUUUUAAUGUAACACGCCAUUAGUCUGAAGUCCAAUGGAGACAUCUAGAAGAGGACUAGUAGCCACAGUAGCUGCAGGACAUUUGAAGGCAAGCAAUGAAUGUGUUUACAGCUUUGGCUUCCUCACUCUGUGGAAAUAAAUCCAAUUCAAAUACAGCACAGAGAUCUAUGGACCAAACCACUGGUUUGGGACAAGCAUCUACCAAAUGGACCCACCUGGUGAACUAGUGCUUGCAAGGGAAGAAAAACGCAUGUGAGUUUGGAAGCAUUUUGUUGACUGGAAUGUCAAAGAUGUAGGAAACACAUUGAUGGUUCAAGGAGAAGACAACUGCGUUCUUACCUUAAUCAAUAAAGAGGAAACAGACCUUGAGAUGGCCUUACUGUAGGCUACAAUUCACUGGAAUCCAAAUCUACAAGCAAAGUGACAAGCAUAGAGUUGGUUGAGACAGUCACUGUAAAAUAAGUUGUAGAUACAAAUAUUCUGUUGCACAACUCAGUUUUCCUUCAAAAAGAUAUUUAUUUUACCGAGAAUGUUGGAUGCAACCCCAGGUGCAGGGUUCCCACUUAACAUGAUAUUUAAAUUUAGAUGGAAUGUCCAGUAUCCGGUGUCAAUAGUUACAUAUACAUGUAUGGUGUAUGAGGAGGGAGGCUACGUUGACAAUGAGACAAACAUUCUAACUUUGCCACUCUGUGCGCGCUGUUGUGUCCACUUCUACUUACUAUGUCUUUGCCUGGUCAUAGGAGCAGGAUUAGGCCAUUCACCAUCUCAAGCCAUCUACCCCUCUCAGUCCAUAAUCCUUAAUAACCUUGCUGCACAAGGAUAUUAAGGGAAUUGGAUUUUCUGCCAGCAUUAGGUUACGAAAGAAGUGUGUGAAGCACACUGUGUGUAAAUCAGAGGUGAAACACACACAGGGGAGGUGGUUAACAAACCGCUGUUGUAGACUGGUGGAAAAUCUGAAGACCUUAGCUGUUCAAAUCUUUCCUCUUGCAUCUAAUUUCCAAACAGUUAAUAUUGCACAGCUAAACAACACAACGCUGGUCUUUUAUCAGUGCCCUUCAACUCUGGUAAGCUGGGGUUGAAUCUAGCUAAAAAGACAGUCUCUCUAACCUUCUCACAUAGAUUUGCUCUCCAGUAUGAAUCAGUUUACUUUCAUCUCUGGUAUAAAGAAAGCUUCGUAAAAUACUGAACUUUUUUCUUGAUUUACAUCCUGUUGGAAAUGAUUGCCCCUCAUCUGUGCAAUUAUAGGCCAAUGAAAUGGGCAGUGCAGCUGAAUGGAAUCUAAGACUCCACACAUAACUUGUUGCACCAGUCAUUUCAGAGAUGGCACAGUCUUCCCUUCUUCCUGGGACAAGUUCAUGAAAACAUUUUCAAUGAUAGAAGAAAAUGUCAUGACGUGAAGACAAUAGGACAUCUUCUCUGGUUCUAAUGCAACUCAUCAUAAAUACCGUGCCACAAUAGGUGACAUAAAUUUCAGUUGCUCAUGCAUAAUGUUUAAUUCCAGAUUCACAUAAACCAGUUUGCUAUGAAUUGUAUGCUUAAGAUCAGAAAUCUUAUUUGUUCCUGUCUUAGUUUUUUUUUCAGAAAUAAGCCAACUUGCAAAUCUUAAACCUAUGUGCCAUUGAAUCAUUAACCACUUGAAGCAAAAAAACAAAGCAGUUUAAUUAAAAUAUUUUACAAUGCGACUGCUAAUCUGUGCCGUAGGAGAACCAAGUACUAAGUUUAGCAUAAAAGGUGAAUAAUUGAACGUUUAAUGAAUUUGCAUUUAAUUGUGUUGUACUAAGGAAAUCUUUGCAGAAGGAGCAAAUGAGAAGCAGCUUUAAUGCAUGGGAAGACACUCUAUAGUUUGACUCUUUGAAAUUCUACAUGGUGAAAGUCAAUGUGAAGUUCUUUGGCCUCUUGAAAUUUUACAUAGUGGAAAUGUAUGGGAAGUGGUGCAGUUACUUGAAAGUCUAUGUUUACAGAGAACAGUUUUUGAGUGGCUGAAUGUUGUGCUACCUCUGAAACAAGAGCAGCCUUGUCAUCCAAGCCACCUCACAAAUUUAACUCCAGGAUUACAAUGGAAAAGUUUCUUGAUUGAUUGCAAUUGUAUUCAAUGAGAGUGAAUGAGGAGUCUAUUGGAAUCCUAUGCUUGGCAAUGAAUGGGACAUUUCUGGGCCAUUGCAUUUCUACAUGAAACCAGUGGUGAGAGAACCCUUUGGAAUUCAAUAUAUGGCUCACAGUUAGGGCGUAGUCUGUGCAGAGCUCACUGCAGGAAAGAUUCACUCUUCUAAGACCAUUCAACAUUAAGAAUGGUCCUUUACAGUUCUGUGGUAGCAAUGAGCAAAAGGUGAGUGAAAUGGGGAACAAAUCUGUGAACAAAAUUAAUAUUGCAUUGGGUAUAAAGUGACUGGUGGAACUUUGGCCUGUAAGCAGCUAUCUUCUUAUUUAUUGUCAACUACAUUUAAUUGCCUAAAUUUCAGGAAAUGAAGGAAAAUACAUCAAUCCUAGCAUUAUCUACAGCCAAUGUAAUGAGCCAUAAUAUGAUCAGGACUAAGAUUAAACGAGGACAACUUCUGAAACAAAGUUGCCAGUUUUAGAUGAACAGACAAUUUGCAAUUUUCACCCUGAUAUGGUUCAUUCCCACUCAUUCUUCCCUUACCUGGACCUUUCUGUUCCAUUCAGACCAUGAACUUCUGCUUCCAAUUAUUACAUAGUUAUUAACAACUGGUUGCUGUAAAGUUCAUACCAAUUAGCUUUAUGAGCAUGUUCAAGCUCAGACCAAAACACUGCAAAUUUUGUAACUGAUUUCUAGAAGUGGUUAUGCACAGUCAAUGUAAAAAAUAAUGAACUUGACAUGCCUCUAUUGAUUUAAGCCUUGAUCAGCAACUGCAGAAAGAUUAGGAUAAAAGAAAAAGACCAUCUCACUGUUAACAAAAUUUACAGGUUAAAUCACACAAACUUGGACUUGUUUUAUAUAUUCAGCUAUACUGGCAUGCAGAUAAGCGGGUUUCAAGCCUGUUUUGCGACAAUACAGAGAGGUUGUGGAUACAAUCCAUUUAGCAUUCAUAAAGAAACAGGAAUGAUUGAAAAAUGUAGUUUCUAACAAACAGGUACACAACCCAAAAUACCAAACUUUGUAUAAGUAAGUAUUGUAUCCUAAUGUGUGUUUUAUUCAGAAUAAAUGAACAAACAACUGAAUUAUUGUGCUAGUUUAAAGUUUUAUUGAUAUUUUUGGUUGUUUGGCCAUCAAGUUGUUUGAGGCUCCAUCCCACUUUAUUCUAACUAGCCUAAAAACUUGUACAAGGGAUGAGAAAUGGCCCAAAACAGACCAACAGCAAUCAAGGAGCCUUUUAUCUGAUUUUGGUAGGUUACCCACACAGUUGUAAGAGUAUUUUUUUGGAGUGGGGGUACAGUUCAGGUUGAGAGCUCUCUCUCCAAAAUUGAUCGCCUAUACUCUGAUGUUAUUCAAUGGAGUCAGCAGAGGAAGUCAUGGUGGAAGAGCAGAUAGGGUAGGAAAAGGCCCUCACCAGUCCCAGGAGAGUACAGAGAUUCACAGAGAUAGACUUUAAGGCCACUCUUGAAUAACUGACUGGUCAUCUUCAGAGUUGCACACAUACAAGUCUAGGUUAUUUCUUAGUUGAACCAGAUUUAUAUCAUAGACUGAUCAGCAAAAGGGCAGAUUAGAAAAUAUAUUUGAUGAAAGAAUCUCACCUUCAAGUCAAAAUAGAAAACAAUAAUCUGAAUUUAAGUUGUAAAGUUUUAGCACAAAGUCUUAUUGCUUUAUGAUUGUUGGAAGUCAUGGGAAACAAAUUGUUUUUGCUUGAUUCAAAUUUGGAAGCAUUUCUCAAUAUAUUUAAUUCAUCCAUAAGCCUAGUUUAAAUCUUAAGUUCUUACUUUUGUGCCAUUUAAGUAUUUACACUUAAGUAGAAUAUCCUGAAACUGGAACAAGUGUAGAAAUUGCUGGAAAAACUCAGCAAAUUUCUGUUUUCGUUUCUGUAUUCCAGCAUAUGCAAUUAUUUUGCUUUUAUAUAUAUAUAUUAUGAAGCUGGUGUCACUGGAGGGUUUAGACAUUUUGGAGGGUUAGGCUUGAAGAGGUACCAAUAUCAGGCUCAAUAAUUUUUCACAGGAAGAGAGAAGAAUGGAUAGCAAGAGGAUCCUCUGAGUUAUAAUUGGCUUUAUUGAUGCUGUGAUAGAGGUUUGGAAACAGGCUUCUCACUGGGAAGCCAGAAGCGGGUGGAAAUCAUGGGGAAGCAAUUAAAAAUUCAUCUUGAGUUCAUCAUAAAGAAAAUACGAGGUUUCCAGAAGAGUUACAUUUCAAAUAACCAAAUUUGAAACUAAUGCAGACAACCAGUUAGAAAGCAAAUUGCAGCAAAUUGCACAAAUGCCUCUAAAAAUUAGUUUUAUGUGGAUUUGAUUGAAGCAAAAGUGUAAUCGAAUUAUUUUAGGGGUUUUGGCAGCAAAUUAGGAUUCAGCAUAUGACUGCCUAUGUAACAAUCGUUGCACUUUACAGUACGCGAAGUUUUUAAAUGUUUCAGAGAAAUGUGUCAGUGUGAUAUCAAAGCAAGUCAUAUUGUCAUUCUCAUCACUGCUGGGAUGUGACGAAAGUUGUGCCCAAGAAUCUAUGUUCACUAUAAUAAUGUGGCUUCAACUGGAGCGAAAUUGGCCAUUGGCAGUUCUGAACCUCCUCAUGCACUUUUGAAAGUUGGAAGCUGCACCAAUGUUGAUUAUUGUCAGUGAAACAACUUACACAUUUUCAGAACUGGGUUUUUGAGAAUGUGGACACAGGGUGUGCACGUGUUUGUCCACAUGUGUGUAGCUGUGUUAGAAGAUAUGCUCAGCUGCACCUCUGAAUGGUUCCUAAAAUACAUAUCAUUUGUCCUGUAGUCAUUGUUUCAAAUUAAUAACAUUUGUAAAUUUUGUACAGCUUAACCGUGCAGUAAAGUUUGCAAAUUUUGUUUCAUUGUAACUAUUUAUUGCCAUGUGUCUUUGCAAAGAAAGUGGUGUUUUAAUUUCUAUAUGCCUCCUAUGAAUUUGGCAUGGAAUCUGUACGAAGAAAUCUAC